AUGGCCGACAUCACAGACCAGCACGACCAGACCUCCCCUCACGACAUUGAUGAUGCAAACUCGGUCGGCAACGGUGCUGCCGCCGAGUCGAGAGGCGUAAAGCGCCAGCGUCCGACGCCCGGCGACGAUGACGACGAUGAUGACGAAAAGGGCGGCCGUGAGCGCCGCAAGAUUGAGAUCAAAUUCAUCUCGGACAAGUCUCGCCGCCACAUUACCUUUUCCAAGCGCAAGGCCGGUAUUAUGAAGAAGGCUUACGAAUUGUCCGUCUUGACCGGCACUCAAGUGCUCCUCCUCGUCGUCUCCGAAACUGGUCUCGUCUAUACCUUCACAACGCCGAAGCUUCAGCCCCUUGUGACUAAGGCAGAGGGAAAGAACCUUAUUCAGGCUUGUCUGAACGCGCCUGAACCGGCAGCUGGCGGCGAAAACGGCGUCGACGGCGGCGAAGGCGGCGAUUCGCCUGAAGAGUCCGGCUCCCACAUUCCCCCUCCCGCGAGCCGGCCGGGCAUGCCCCCGAACCCACACAUGCCUGGUAACUAUAUGCCCAACAUGCCGCUCGAUCCCCAACAAGCCAUGGCCUACCAAAAUUAUGUGCAGCGCAACCAAGCCUAUGGCUCAGGCAUGCCCCAACAGCCUGGUAUGGCUCCCAGCGGCCACCACCAGCCUUAA